AUGGUUCUCCUCACAGGUGAGUGAAUCAGCCCAUGCUUGGUGAAUAGCACUAGGUUGAUCUCUGUGAGUAGGAAACUGGAGAGUUGAAUAGAUAAUGUGAGACAAAAGUGAGAGACAAGAAUGAAUCAAAUAUAUCAUCACAGCAAAGGAAUUUAGUUUGUGAGCUAGAAAAUGAAUAUCCCGACAGUCUGAGGCAGGGGGCUCUGCAAUCAUCCUACUCCAACUAUUGACAUUUACAUUUACAUUUUACAUUUUAGUCAUUUAGCAGACGCUCUUAUCCAGAGCGACUUACAGUUAGUGAAUACAUAUUUUUUUAUACUGGCCCCCCGUGGGAAUCGAACCAUUGACAAGGAUAAUGCAGCAUUUAUUUUUUGUCAUUAUGAAUGAAAGUAGUGGGUCCUGCCUUGAUGAUUGUAUUAGAUUUACACUACUUGUCCUAUAGAUUUUUGUAGUCUUAAAUUAUUACUUGGAAUAAAUAGAUAGCUAAAAUGCUCCUUGUCCUGGAAUUACAUGCUAGCUAGUGGUAAAGCAUCUGCUCCUGCUAGCUAGCAACAUAUCUACUUGUUGUAACUAGCUAGCUAUCUAGCAAGCUAACGUUAGCUACAUUACAAAGGUUGCUGUGUUCUAAGUUGGGAGUAAUUUUACUGCUUGCAUUGAUGGUAUCACAUUUCUAUAACUAAAUAGUUAGAUUACAAAAAAUAUAUAUAUAUAUACUUUACCUGAUGUCACCAGCUGUCUAACACCUUAGAUACGGGUAACGCGAUUGGCAAAUGUGAUCAGCAGAGUUUUGAUUGGUUUACAGUUUAGUGCUCGGCAGCAUUUGCCUGUCCUGCUAGUGAACAUAAAAGUAUGUAUUUUGAAAAUGAAAGCAGAUAUAUGGCUACGGCCCACCACCUAUGUCGAUCAAAUAAAUUAUCAAUAUUUCAAUAUUUUAUUUGGAUGGGUAAGGAGAUAUGGUAGGGAGAGCAAGGCCCCGCCCAUAACGUCGGUGUGCUACUAUCAGUGGGCUUUGUCCCUCCUCAAAUUAUUCAUACCCCCACCCUGUCCCAACAGGUACAUCUGCAGACUCACUGAUGCGUAUAUAAUCUGAAAUGGCUAACUAGAAUUACAAGAUUAACAAUAGACAUCAAGGCGGUUUGUGUGUGUGUGUGUUGCCUGUGUGUGUAGGUGUAGGUGUGUGUGUGUGUGUGUGUUGUUCAGCUUCAGUUGAAUGAGUUGUAUAGUAGCUCAUUUCACCUAUUAUAGAAUUCUUAGGGUGUGGAUGAAUUGAGCUUAAUACAGCAGCAACCUGUGGUGUGGGUGUCAGUCCUAAAAACAGGACCAUCUCUUAUGGGGUGUUGGAUGUCAGGUGAUAAUGAUUUUGCUGUCACAGUUGUCUAGAGACCAGUCAAGCAUGAGAUUGAGGACUACGUAGGUCAUUUAUCUCUGAAGUCAGCAUGGGGGCAAUCUGAACUAGGAGGUGAGUUUUCUUCAAGGGCCAUAUUGUUUUUAAUGUAUCACGCCCCAGUCUGGUACAAAUAGAUGCAGUAUUUGUUCACCUGAUGUGAUAUAAGAGUGGGUAACAUGUAGUAGUACACAGUUAUGGGCAAAAAUUACAAAAUACAAUAACAAAAUAAAGAUACAAAAUACCAUAAAGAUCAAUGUAUCAAAAUAAACUACAAAAUACUUGUAUUUUGUCAUGUAUUUCAUUAAAAUACAUAUAUUUUGUAUUUUUUUAAACAAAAAUACAUUCGCAAGUAGCCGCACGAACAGCAACAACAUUCUCAGUAACGGUUACAAAAAAAGUUUUACUAGGUAUGGCUGUGAUAUGUUGUUGUUUAUUUACCUUUAGUUGAACAAGUCACUCUGGAUAAUCGUGUCUGCUAAAUGGCCAAAAUGUAAAUGUGUAUGUGAAAAUGAACAUACCAAAAUGAACUGCAAAGCACACUGUGUAUUGUUUCGGGGCAGAGCUCAUUAGAAUAAUACUCACCAUGCUUUGCAAUUGUUAAUUUUUACAUUUACACUCAGUAUACCAAACAUGAGGAACCUUUUGCCCUCAGAACAGCCUCAAUUCGUCGGGGCAUAGACUCUGCAAGGUGUCGAAAGCGUUCCACAGGGUUGCUGGCCCAUGUUGACUCCAAUGCUUCCCACAGUUGUGUCAAGUUGGCUGGAUGUCCUUUGGGUGGUGGACCAUUCUUGAUACAAACGGGAAACUGUUGAGCGUGAAAUACCCAGCAGCAUUGUAGUUCUUGACACAAACCGGUGCGCCUGGCACCUACUACCAUACCCCGUUCAAAGGCACUUCAAUCUUUUGUCUUGCCCAUUCACCCUCUGAAUGGCACACAUACACAAUCCAUUUCUCAAUUGUCUCAAGGCUUAAAAAUCAUUCUUUAACCUGUCUCCUCCCCUUCAUCUACACUGAUUGAAGUGGAUUUAACAAGUGACAUCAAUAAGAGAUCAUAGCUUUCACCUGGAUUCACCUGGUCAGUCUAUGUCAUGGAAAGAGCAAGUGUUGUUAAUGUUUUGUAUAUUUAGUGUUUAUUUAGUUCAUUUAGCAGAUGAUUUUAUCACACCAUAGUGCUAUCAGGCUUCUGAUCCCAAUACAGGGUGAAAGGGGAGCCAUAAAAUGUGAACCGCUAUAAAAAAAAUGGUAUAGAAAAGUUUUUUGUAUUUUGAAAAUACAAAUUACUGUAUUUGGAAAAUACAAAAUACGUUGGAGUGUAGUUCAGCCCAGUGUAAUUAAAAUCACAAAAUACUCAGAAGUAAUUAAAAUUCCUAUUUCAAAUACAUGUAACAGAAAUACUGCCCAUCUCUAGUAGUACUUUAGGCUGUUGCUUUGUGUCCUUUUCUUAGUAACAGUAAUGUUUCACAGUGCGAAGGCUACCUAUUGUCCUCUGGAAUGCACCAGACAGUCAUGGCUGCUCAUCUUGAAAAUGAUACUGGCGGGUUGAUGCUUGUAUUUAUUUACAGUGCCUUCAGAAAGUAUUCAUACCCCUUGACUUAUUCCAUAUUUUGUUGUGUUACUGCCUGAAUUCAAAACUGAUUAAAUAUAUUUUUUUCUCACCCAUCUACACAUCUACAAUACCCCAUAAUGACGAAAUGAAAACAUGUUUUUAGAAAUGUUUGCAAAUGUAUUGAAAAUAAAAUACAGAAACAUCUAAUUCACACCUGUGAGUCAAUACUUUGUAGAAGCACCUUUAGCAGCGAUUACAGCUUAUUGACUCAAGAAAUUUCACUUUUUCAUUUCUUAUUCAUUUGUGAAAAUUUAAAAUCUAAAAACAUAAUUCAAUUUUGACAUUAUGGGCUAUUGUGUGUAGGCCAGUGACAAAAAAAUCAAGAAACUGUAUGAAUGUAGGUCCAUUAUCAAAUCUACACAAUUUCGAUUUGGUUUUAGUCAUUUUAAAGUAUAUUAAGUUAUUCCCCCCCCAGUAAAAUGCUACUUGAGUAAAAGGCUAAAAGUAUCUGGUUUUAAAUGUACUUAAGUACAGGGGUGGAAAAAGUACUAAAUUGUCAUACUUGAGUAAAAGUAAAAAGUAAAAGUAAAUGCUAUACAUCAAAUUCCUUAUAUUAAGCAAACCAGAUGGCACAAUUUCCUUUUUUGUUAUAUAAAAAAAUGUUUUUACGGACAACCAGGGGCACACUCCAACAUCAUUUACAAAUGCAGUAUUUGUGUUUAGUGAGUCCGCCAGAUUGGAGGCAGUUGGGAUGACAACACAUUAUAUUGAUAGGUGCAUAAAUUGGACCAUAAUUCUGUCCUGCCUGAGCAUUCGAAAUGUAAUGAGUACUUUUUGGUGUCAGGGAAAUGUAUGAGGGUAAAAAGUACAGAUUUUCUUUAGGAAUGUAGUAGAGUGAAAGUACAAGUUGUCAAAAAUAUAAAUAGUAAAGUAAAGUACAGAUACCCCCCAAAAACGACUUAAGUAGUACUUUAAAGUAUUUUUACUUGAGUACUUUACACCGCUCCUCUCUGCACGUGAUCGUCCGAUUGGCCUUUACUGUACUUAAGUGUUAUUUACCUGUAUGUACCUGACAGACAUUAUGACUUUAAGGAUGUGUCUUUUUACUUUUUACAUCCAAUACCCUGAUCAAUUAAACUUGUUUGCGGACAUGAGCCAUGAAUGUACUGGCAGGACUAUUUGUUGCCAUAUAAAAAACACUUAGGGGCCCAGACAGACUGUUGUGUUGGCCCAGACUAGCGGGAGUUUCAAUCCUAUAGGGGCAGAGCAGAUUAACACUGAUGAAAGCAUUUGAUCGCAAUCACAAUCACCUGCACUACUUUAGCUACUUCAAUUUGGGUGUUUGCAAUGGAGAUAGGACCUGUUUGCAUGUGUAUCUUCUGCUCUGUGUUGUGAUAGAAGAGGAUAACCAUGUACCUACAUCCAUCACCACCAGAUUAUGGCUGUGAGUCAGAUAAUGGGCAGGAUGUACAUAUUCUUCUGAAAUAGUUCCAGAAUUUGAGAUGAGUCACUGACAGGGUAAAUUUAUUCAUCAGACAUUUUGUCAAUAUAGUUAGAUUUUAUCAGAGGAUGGAUAUGUUUGAUCAAAGACACAUCAAAUUAAUUUCCAUCUCUAAUUCCAUUAAUCGCCUUGGUUGAACUUUGAUUGAUAUGGAACUGACCCCAACUGACCCUCUCAUUUACAUGACAGUGUUGAUCUGCACUUCUUACCCCUUUCUACCUCUCUCCCUCAUCCCCCACCCCCCGUCCGUCCGUCCGUCUGUCUCCCUCAGGUUUCCAGGACGUCCAUGUGAUGAUCUUUGUGGGCUUCGGUUUCCUCAUGACCUUCCUGAAGCGCUACAGCUUUAGUGCCGUGGGCUUCAACUUCCUCAUCGCCGCCUUCGGCCUUCAGUGGGCUCUGCUGAUGCAGGGCUGGUUCCAAUCUCUGGACCCCAUGGACGGCAAGAUCAAGAUCGGCAUGGAGAGGUUAAAGUUUGGCGGCUUUGGUCUAACAGUGUUAAACUAGUUUUCUUGAACUAUUGAGAUCAGUGAAUGCUGGUAUCGGAUUUGAUAAGUGAAAGUGAUGUGGGUUUUUAAAAAAGUGAUAUAGACCUAGUUAAAGCAUCCACUUUUUUCAGCGCAGUGGUCUCUUGGAAAGACAACAGUGAAUAUUGUAUGGAUUUAUAUAAUUAUUUAACAAACUCACCCCAUUCAACAUCAAUGUAUAGAGCCCUUCUGGCUGACCAUUCACUGACUAUAGUAUGUAUAACUUUUGCAUGAAUGAGUCAUAUGUGAAAGAGUCAGUCAUGCAGAACCUAGGCCUACGUCAUUGAAAUCAAUCCAUAGAAUAACAUAUGUUUAUGGAAAAGGAUCAUGUGAGUGUGAGUGCCAGAGAGAACCUAUUGUGAUGGAGGAGAAGUGGAGGAACCGGUCGGCAUGUGAAAAAAUCCAUCAUUCAGUGCCUUCAGAAAGUAUUCAUACCCCUUGACUUAUUCCACAUUUUGUGGUGUUACAGCCUGAAUUCAAAAUGUAUUAAAUUGAUUUAUUUGCCACACCAAUCUACACACAAUAACACAUUAUGACAAAGUGAAAACAUGUUUUUUGACAUUUUUGCAAAUGUAUUGAAAAUGAAAUACAGAAAUAUCUUAUUGACAUAAGCAUUCACACCCCUGAGCAAAUACUUUGUAGAAGCACCUUCGCCAGUGAUUAUUACAACUGUGAGUCUUUCUGCGUACGUCUCUAAGAGCUUUCCACACCUGGAUUGUGCAACAUUUGCCAAUUAUUCUUUUAAAAAUUCUUCAAACUGUCAAAUUGGUUGCUGAUCAUUGCUAGUCAACCAUUUUCAGGUCUUGCCAUAGUUUUUCAAGUAGAUUUAAGUCAAAACUGUAACUUGGCCACUCUGGAGAACAUUGACUGUCUUGGUAAGCAACUCCAGUGUAGAUUUAGGUUAUUGUGUUUUAGGUUAUUGUCCUGCUGAAAGGUGAAUGAAUCUCCCAGUAGCAGACUGAACUAGGUUUUUCUCUAGGAUUUUGCCUGUGUUUAGCUCCAUUCCGUUUAUUUUUUAUCCUGAAAAUCUCCCCAGUCCUUAAUGAUUACAAGCAUACCCAUAACAUGAUGCAGCCACCAAUAUGCUUUAAAAUAUGGAGAGUGGUACUCAGUAAUGUGUUGUAUUGGAUUUGCCCCAAACAUAACAUGUUUUUGCAGUAUUACUUAAUGCCUUGUUGCAAACAGGAUGCAUGUUUUGGAAUAUUUGUUAUUCUGUACAGGCUUCCUUCUUUUCACUUUGUCAAUUACGUUAGUAUUGUGGAGUAAUUACAAUGUUGUUGACCCAUCCUCAGUUUUCUCCUAUCACAGCCAUUCAACUGUUUUAAAGUCACCAUUGGCCUCAUGGUGAAAUCCCUGAGCAGUUUCCUUCCUCUCCGUCAACUGAGUUAGGAAGGACGCCUGUAUAUUUGUAGUGACUGGGUGUAUUGAUACACCAUCCAAAGUGUAAUUAAUAACUUCAACAUGCUCAAAGGGACAUUCAAUGUCUGCCUUUUUUAUUUUUACCCAUCUACCAAUAGGUGCCCUUCUUUGCCAGGCAUUGGAAAACCUUUCUGGUCUUUGUGGUUGAAUAUGUGUUUGAAAUUCACUGCUCGACUGAGGGACCUUACAGAUAAUUGUAUUUAUGGGGUACAGAGAUGAGGUAGUCAUUCAAAAAUCAUGUUAAACACUAUUAUUGCAGUCCAUGCAACCUAUUAUGUGACUUGUUAAGCAAAAUGUUUCUCCUGAAUGUAUUUAGACUUGCCAUAACAAAGGGAAUUAAUACUUAUUGACUCAAGACAUUUCAGGUUUUUAUUUUUUAUACAUUCUAAACACAGAAUUCCAGUUUGACCUUAUGGGGUAUUGUGUGUAGGCCAGUGAUAAAAAAAAACUCAAUUGAAUACAUUUUUAAUUCAGGCUGUAACACAACUAAAUGUGGAAAAAGUCAAGGUGUGUGAAUACUUUCUACAGGCACUGUAUGUAUCACCUGUUACUGUUGAUCCUCCUGGCUUGUGAGAUGUACAGUCUGUACACAGUAAUGGGAGGGCAAACAAAAACACAUUAGUGCUAAUCACGCAUUUAUGAUACUGCUGAAGUUUCUCCGACCUUGUGGAUACAGAUAUGAUAUGUGUGGGUGCAUGUCUGUGUGACGUGUGUGUGUGUGUAAGCAAACGUGUACCUGUAUGUGCCCGUGUGUGCCUCUGUGUGUCUGUGCAGGCACGUGAACAGAUAGAGGUCUAAGGGUGCCUGAACACCUGCCCUUUUGCCCUCCAAUGAGAAAAGUGCCCUUUCAGAGAGGUGGCGUUUUUUUAUUAUUACAUUUUUAUUUCACUUUUAGUCUGUUUUCUCUCUUGUUAUUUAAAUGAAUUGCCCAUCAAACUAGCUAAUUUCUCAUUAUUGAAUCUUGGAAAAUUCCUGCUCCUCUGCCCCCACUCGAGCCCACACUGACUGCACUCGUCCUGCAGGCAGAAGCUACAGGCGCCGAAAGGUAGUGUAGUAGGGGCUACCUUAUAAAUUGCAUGUGUCAUCUCACGGUUAGGAAUAGGGAAGCAGAACAAACACUAAUCACAGUUAAAGACUAGUUAGAUUGUUUCAACGGCAUAGCUAACUAGCUAACUAGCUGAUUUACAUAAUCUACAUUUGCUAUGAUCAGCUGAUAGCCCACCCCUCUUUGCCCUCUCUUUGAGCUGUAGGCUGUUAACUUGCUGGGAGGAGUUUGAUUUUGCAGAAAUUAAAGGCCUAUGCUAAAAAAUAUAUGUUGAAAUUUGACUACAGGAGCAUUAGAUAAUUAACUAUGAAUGUAACAAUUUUAAGUCAACUGUUGUUUCAGGAGGUGAGGGUGCCCUUUUCACUGAGCACGCUAAUAUCAUAAUAAUUCACACACUAAUACCAUAAUAGCAGUUCGUAUCCAAGCAGAACGGACAGUUAUAAAGUAGGAUGUAAAUUAAGGGCUCUAUUCAAUCCGCAGUACUGAAGAGUUGAAAUGUAAAGGUAAGUUACGAUUGAGCCUACAUGUGCAGUGGUUACCGCGAAUGCAGUUUCCGCGAACGCAGGAACAUUGCCUUUACAUUUUUAUCAUGCUGUAACGCCGAACUUCAGCGCUACGGAUUGAAUCGUGCCCUUAAAACCUUUUACUGCAGUGGGCUAAAUCAGGGUCACAAAGAGUGUUUAUUGGUAGUCUUAAACAAAUCUACUUUGAAACAAAAGGAUACACCUCACACACAUGGUUAUGGGCUUAAAAAUAGAAGACACCUGUACCAUGUCAGAUAUUGAGUUUAAAUAUAUUCCAUUUUGAGUUUGCAUCCCAAUAUUACACUUUACAGUUGAAGUCGGAAGUUUACAUACACCUUAGCCAAAUACAUUUAAACUCUGUUUUUCACAAUUCCUGGCAUUUAAUCCUAGUAAAAAUUCCCUGUCUUAGGUCAGUUAGGAUCUCAUGAUGUCUUGAGAUGUUGCUUCAAUAUAUCCACAUAAUUUUCCUUCCUCAUGAUGCAAUCUAUUUUGUAAAGUGCACCAGUCCCUCCUGCAGCAAAGCACCCCCACAGCAUGAUGCUGCCACCCCCGUGCUACACGGUUGGGAUGGUGUUCUCCGGCUUGCAAGCCACCCCCUUUUUCCUCCAAACAUAACAAUGGUCAUUAAGGCCAAAAAGUUCUAUUUUUGUUUCAUCAGACCAGAGGACAUUUCUCCAAAAAGUACGAUCUUUGUCCCCAUGUGCAGUUGCAAACCGUAGUCUGGCUUUUUUAUGGCGUUUUUGGAGCAGUGGCUUCUUCCUUGCUGAGCGGCCUUUCAGGUUAUGUCGAUAUAGGACUCAUUUUACUGUGGAUAUAGAUACUUUUGUACCUGUUUCCUCUAGCAUCUUCACAAGGUCCUUUGCUGUUGUUCUGGGAUUGAUUUGCACUUUUCGCACCAAAGUAUGUUCAUCUCUAGGAGACAGAACGCGUCUCCUUCCUGAGCGGUAUGAUAGCUGCGUGGUCCCAUGGUGUUUAUACUUGCGUACUAUUGUUUGUACAGAUGAACGUGGUACCUUCAGGCGUUUGGAAAUUGCUCCCAAGGAUGAACCAGACUUGUGGAGGUGUACACAUUUUUUUCUGAGGUCUUGGCUGAUUUCUUUUCAUUUCCCCAAAUGUCAAGCAAAGAGGCACUGAGUUUGAAGGUAGGCCUUGAAAUACAUCCACAGGUACACCUCCAAUUGACUCAAAUGAUGUCAAUUAGCCUAUCAGAAGCUUCUAAAGCCAUGACAUCAUUUUCUGGAAUUUUCCAAGCUGUUUAAAGGCACAGUCGACUUAGUGUAUGUAAACUUCUGACCCACUGGAAUUGUGAUACAGUGAAUUAUAAGUGAAAUAAUCUGUCUGUAAACAAUUGUUUGAAAAAUUACUUGUGUCAUGCACAAAGUAGAUGUCCUAACUGACUUGCCAAAACUAUAGUUUGUUAACAAGACAUUUUUGGAGUGGUUGAAAAACUAGUUUUAAUGACUCCAACCUAAGUGUAUGUAAACUUCCGACUUCAACUGUAUAUACAUCACAGAAGACUGAAAUAUAACAAAACUGUUUGACAUAGAAACACUGGAUGUUCGGCAAAAAAAAAAAAAUGUAUGAGAAAUAUAACAUUCCACCCAUGAGACCACUAGGUAAUUUCACUGCAGGAAAGGGGUACUCUGUGUUGUGAGGUGUACAGAGUUACAGUGAGCUCCAAAAGUAUUGGGACAGUGACACAUUUUUUGUUGUUUUGGCUCUGUACUCAAGCACUUUGGAUUUGAAAUGAUACAAUGAUGACUAUGUUAAAGUGCAGACUGUUUUAGGGUAUUUAAAAAAAAUCCAUAUCAGGUGAACCGUUUAGAAAUUACAGCACGUUUUGAACAUAGUUACAGACACACAAAUAUCAUACCCCCCAAAAAAUGCUAACCUCCCCUGUUAUUGUAAUGGUGAGAGGUUAGCAUGUCUUGGGGGUUUAAACACUGUUUCCCAUGCUUGUUCAAUGAACCAUAAACAAUUAAUGAACAUGCACCUGUGGAACGGUCGUUAAGACACUAACAGCUUACAAUUAAGGCAAUUAAAGUCACAGUUAUGAAAACUUAGGACACUAAAGAUGCCUUUCUACUGACUCUGAAAAACACCAAAAGAAAGAUGCCCAGGGUCCCUGCUCAUCUGCGUGAACGUGCCUUAGGCAUGCUGCAAGGAGGCAUGAGGACUGCAGAUUUGGCCAGGGCAAUAAAUUGCAAUGUCCGUACUGUGAGACGCCUAUGACAGCGCUACAGGGAGACAGGACGGACAGCUGAUCGUCCUCGCAGUGGCAGACCACGUGUAACAACACCUGCACAGGAUCGGUACAUCCGAACAUCACACCUGUGGGACAGGUAAAGGAUGGCAACAACAAAUGCCCGAGUUACACCAGGAAAUGCACAAUCCCUCCAUCAGUGCUCAGACUGUCUGAAUAGGCUGAGAGAGGCUGGACUGAGGGCUGGCCUGAGGGCUCACCAGACAUCACCGGCAACAACGUUGCCUAUGGGCACAAACCUACCGUCGCUGGACCAGACAGGACUGGCAAAAAGUGCUCUUCACUGACGAGUCGCGGUUUUGUCUCACCAGGGGUGAUGGUCGGAUUCAAGUUUAUCGUUGAAGGAAUGAGCGUUACACCGAGGCCUGUACUCUGGAGCGGGAUCGAUUUGAAGGUGGAGGGUCCGUCAUGGUCUGGGUCGGUGUGUCACAGCAUCAUCGGACUGAGCUUGUUGUCAUUGCAGGCAAUCUCAACGCUGUGCGUUACAGGGAAGACAUCCUUCUCCCUCAUGUGGUACCCUUCCUGCAGGCUCAUCCUGAUAUGACCCUCCAGCAUGACAAUGCCGCCAGCCAUACUGCUCGUUCUGUGCGUGAAUUCCUGCAAGACAGGAAUGUCAGUGUUCUGCCAUGGCCAGCGAAGAGCCCGGAUCUCAAUCCCAUUGAGCAUAUCUGGGACUGGUUGGAUCGGAGGGUGAGGGCUAGGGCCAUUGCCCCCAGAAAUGUCUGGGAACUUGCAGGUGCCUUGUUGGAAGAGUGGGGUAACAUCUCACAGCAAGAACUGGCAAAUCUGGUGCAGUCCAUGAGGAGGAGAUGCACUGCAGUACUUAAUGCAGCUGGUGGCCACACCAGAUACUGACUGUUACUAUUUUGACCACCCCUUUGUUCAGGGACACAUUAUUCAAUUUCUGUUAGUCAUAUGUCUGUGGAACUUGUUCAGUUUAUGUCUCUGUUGUUGAAUCUUGUUAUGUUCAUACAAAUAUUUACAUAUGUUAGGUUUGCUGAAAAUAAACGCAGUUGACAGUGAGAGGAAGUUUCUUUUUUUUCUGAGCUUAUGUGUGUCUGUAACAUUCUCACUCAUCAUUACUCACGAUUCAUUCAUGAUUAUCUGUAAUCAUGGUAGAAUCCACAACAAUGUAGAAGUGUUUGGAAACAUAUUCUAUUCUUAUUUACAAUAAAAGUGACUCCAAAAUGACACAAUACAUUAUUUACCAUUCAUUUUUAUUGGGCACAAAAUAAUCUGAAACACAACCAAAACAAACAGCAAAUGCAUCCAACCAAUUUGUAGAGUCACAAGCUUGAUGUAGUCAUUGCGUGCUAUGAAUAUGGGGCCAAAUACUUAACUUUUCUUUAAAAAGUAUUAUUAUUAUUAUUUUUUAUUUUUUCGUGAUAUACAAUUGCGAUCUUUUUCAUCGCUGCAACUCCCAAAUGGGCUCAGGAGAGGCGAAGGUCGAGUCAUGCGUUCUCCGAAAAAUGCCCCGCCAAACCGCGUUUCUUAACACCAGCCCGCUUAACCCGGAAGCCAGCCGCACCAAUGUGUCAGAGGAAACACCGUUCAACUGAUGACCGAAGUCAGCCUGCAGGCACCCGGCCCACCACAAGGAGUCACUAGAGUGCGAUGAGCCAAGUAAUUGUAUCAUUUCAAAUCCAAAGUGCUGGAGUACAGAGCCAAAACAACCCCAAAAUUGUCACUGUCCCAAUACUUUUGGAGCACAAAGCACUCUGUGAACGUCGUAGUUUUGUCCCAUGUCUUUUAGUGCAAGAAAGCCCGAUAGCUCUGCUCUCCACUCCCACUCUCCCGGCAUGGCUGACUUGAAGGGUCUGGUUUCAGACCCCACAUUUGCAUAGGGAGUGACGUGUCACAUUUUCUGGCCUAUCCAGACAAAGGAACAAUUUCCUGUUUCUGUGAAACUCACAGCUGCGCUAUGAAACAGGAGAAUCUAGCAGAUGCAACGAUACUAGUUUCCUUUCGCUGUGAUAUUCUCAGCCGGAUUUAAAGCUCUCAACAUGAAAAUAAAUACUAAAUAAUUUCAUAAAUUCGAAUUAAGUCCAGACGGACGAAAUCACUUUGUGCUUAAAGCUGAAGUUGCAACGAGUCUGCACACAUUUGAAUGGUGUUUCUGCGCCGCUCAAUGGACGUUUAGGAGAAAAUUCUCUGUCGGCAGUUAUAUGAAAUAGUGCCAAUAUUGUACUGUCACUAAGUAUGAUCAUAUUUAUUUUACAGUUAUAAGAAAUGUGAAAUCGGAUAGUAAGUUGUUUAUAAUUUGAUUGUUACUAUGUUUAGAAAGCAUUUCAGUCAUUUCAAGCCCUUUUGCCCCACUUUUGUUGAAUAGGAAAAAAAUAUGAUUUUUCCUAUUUUCAUCAUAUUUGUCCUACGUACUUGAGCUUGUGUCGUCAAAUGUGAGUACACCUCAGCAAUGUAUAACAAUUUCUACCAGAAAGGUACCUUCCAGACCUUUCCAAAACUAUACAACAUUACCAGUUACUGUUUAUGCCCAUCUCAUUAAAAAUAAUUACAUUUGGGUAUGUCUGUUUUGGAAAAAUCUACAUUUUGCCCCAUCAUUCAACAUUUAAAUGGUUAUUUGUGAUCAUCGAAAUAAAGUGCAUAGAAGGGAACCAGCUCUGUAUAUUGUGUGUGGUUUAAAUGGCCAGUCCAACAUUAUGUCCAAGAUGAUGAUAUAUUGACUUGGUCAGUUUGUAUCCUUCAGUAAUAUUUGUUACAAAUGAAUAACAAGGUUCUUAAAUGAUUAUUCAGUUCACAAUACCACAAACUAUUGACCUUUGAAGAUGAAGUCAUUGUCAUUAUUUUUCUGUGACCAUUUUCAACAGUAUGGACAGUAUCCACUUUUAGAACAAAGACAAACCCACUUCAAACAUAUACAGGGCAUUCGGAAAGUAUUCAGACCCCUUGACUUUUUCCACAUUGUUACGUUACAGCCUCAAUUUCGAGUCUCAUCGCAAAGGGUCUGAAUACUUAUGUAAAUAAGGUAUUUCUGUUUUUUAUUUUUAAUAAAUUUGCAAAAAUGUCUAAACCUGUUUUUGCUCUGUCACUAUGGAGUAUUGUGUGUAGCUUGAUGAGGGGGAAAAACUACAUUUUAAUCAAUUUUAGAAUAAGGCUUUAACGCAGGGUUCUUCAAUUCCGGUCCUGGAGGGCCGAGACACCUCUGUUUUUCAUCCUCUCCUUCUAAUCAGGGGCUAAUUCAGACCUGGGACACCAGGUGAGUGCAAUUAACUACCAGGUAGAAAUUAAAAACAGAAGUGUUUCGGCCCUCCAGGACCGGAAUUGAAGAACCCUGCUUUAACGUAACAAAAUGUGGAAAACGUCAAGGGGUCUGAAUACUUUCCGAAUGCACUGUACCAAUCUAGCCUGGUCCCAGAUCUGUUUUUGCUGUGUGACAAUGACCAAAUUAGUUGGCAAGACAGCAAAAACAGAUAUGGUACCAGGCUGACACCGACCCACUAUACAUUGUAAUCCUGCCCUGGUUCUUGCCUUCUCAGUCUGAUCAAUGCAGACUUCUGUGUAGCCAGCUGCCUGAUAGCGUAUGGGGCUGUGCUAGGCAAGGUGAGCCCAGUCCAGCUGAUGGUGAUGACACUGUUUGGAAUCACUCUGUAUGCUGUGGAAGAGUUCAUUAUCCUCAACCUCAUACAUGUAAGUCUUUAGUAAAUAAUAAAGGCUUUAAUAUUAAGUCCUGCAUUAAACCUGCAUACAUGGUUCUCACGAACGUCCCACAGUGAUGCUGUAUCAAGGUCUGUUCUUCAUUGAUUGAUUUCUGAAUUCAUUUACCGUUACAAUAGGAUUUUAUGGAAUAGAUGUUGAUAUCCACAUACGAAUAAGGUGGCUGGUUUACUGUACAUCAUUCUCCCUUACAGGCCAGGGAUGCUGGCGGCUCCAUGGUGAUCCACACAUUCGGCGCUUAUUAUGGUCUGUCCAUCUCGUGGAUGCUGUACCGGCCCAACCUGGACCGGAGCAAGCGUCUGAAUGGCUCUGUCUACCACUCUGACGUCUUUGCCAUGAUCGGUGAGUCUGAGUCACAAUGGUUGACACUUUGCACAUUUUCCAUACUGGUAUAGAUGAAACAGUACUACCAUGGAUCCACCCCUGCACUGUAGGAACCCUGUUCCUGUGGAUGUUCUGGCCUAGUUUUAACUCGGCCAUCACGAACCACGGGGAUGGGCAGCAUCGAGCGGCCAUCAACACCUACCUGGCCCUGGCCUCCACCGUCCUCACCACCGUCGCCAUAUCCAGUCUCUCCCAGAAGGCUGGCAAGCUGGACAUGGUAAUGUAAUGAACCCAUAUGGUGUGCAUUACAUACAUUGGCCUGGUCCCAGAUCUGUUUGUGCUGUCUUGCCAACUCCUAUGGUCAUUGGAGUAAUGGUCAUACCCAUUUCCUUUUUAUCAUGUAUCUCCACUCAAGCUAUUGGCCAACUCUUCUGUUACUGUGCUCCAGGUUCACAUCCAGAACUCCACGCUGGCAGGGGGUGUUGCUGUGGGAACCGCAGCAGAGUUCAUGCUAAUGCCUUAUGGGUCUCUGAUCAUAGGGUUCUGCUGUGGCAUCAUCUCCACCCUGGGCUACAUCUAUAUCACGGUAAUGUAGAAUAUGGAGUCACAUUAGCUUUAUUCAUGAGAUUUCUAUCUGCAACAUUCCACAGAAUGUGCCUACCGAAUGCAUUGAAGGAGUGUAUAGUAGUGACUAAUGACUAGGCUACUCCUAUUUGAUUAGUUGGCAUGUAUGCGUCUGUCCCAUCAGCCAUUCAUGGAGAAGUAUCUGAAGAUCCAGGACACGUGUGGCAUCCACAACCUCCAUGCCAUGCCUGGGGUCAUAGGGGGCAUCGUGGGCGCCAUCACUGCUGCAGCUGCCAGUGAAGGGGUCUAUGGCAAGGAAGGGUGAGUUCACAGGUCACGGCAGAAAUGCCCAACCAAUGGCCUGAUAUUUCAGUCUGCUCAAGUUGUAGCAGCUUUGAUGCGAUGAACUCACGUGAUAUCAUUAUGCACAUCCAAUAGUGGCACAGAAGCUGGACAAGAAUGCUGCGGCAAAGAAAAGUCCACCCAGUUUUCUGGUUCCAAUUGUGAUAUUUUCCUUAGAUAUAGUAAAUGGUUUUUAUUUAUUUUUAAAUAGGUUGAUAAACACGUUUGACUUCAAGGGGGAUUGGAAAGACAUGGUGCCGACCCGGCAGGGAGGACACCAGGCAGCAGGGCUCUGUGUUGCCCUCUGCUUUGGAGUUGGAGGAGGAAUCAUUGUUGGUGAGUUGGACACAACUUAAUGGGCUCUCGAUUAGGUUGUGUGUGCGCUCUUCAAAACAGGUUCUGAGAUCCCAGGCCACCAUACAGAAAAGGCUAAUAUACCGUAAGGUCAAGGGUUUUUAAUUUACAAAAAUCUGGUUCACACAAUCCACAUGCUCAGUCCCAGAAAUACAGUCCAUGCUGCUGGAUGUCCUCAAGAUUGGCUGCUGCCACCACCACCCUUCGGUCAUCAUCCGCUGGCGGCACCCAGCCCACAGAACAGUGCUGGCAGCACAGAGGGAGAGGAAACAUCCAUUCUGAACAGAAGUAUUUGACCUCACCCACACAUUUAGGGGUCUACCGUUCCUUAUCUGCAUGGUAGUGAGCGUUGUCGACGCUGGUCCCCCUCCGGGUUUCAGUGGUGGAGGCAGCAGCAGUGCGGUGAUGGUCUUCUCCCUCCAGCAGCAGGCCCAGACUGGUGCUGAAAGCUCCUUUUUCAGUUGUGUGGUAGCUCGUUAAGUCAAUCAGGCCCAGGUGUGGCAUACCUGGGCCAACUCCUGUCUCCAUGGAGACCAGCCAAGGGGGAGUCUACAAUCAAUAAAUUAGAAAACACAAAAGGAGGGAGAACACAGCAAACCAUAGAAAUCAUGCAAAAUUUGAAAAAAACGCACAAAGUAUAUUAAAUAAAGCAAGAUCACUGCAAACUCAAAAUAAAUAUUACAUUCAGACGAAAAAGGCUGGUCUCCAUUUUGGGGAAAAUAUAAGGGAGGCAACAUGUGACACGUUAUCGUGAGGACAGGUUAUAAGGUAGCUGACAAGUUAAUGUGGUAUUGUAUUAUUGUGCGGCUGGGGUGGUGUAUUUGAAUAAUUGCUGCAUGUACUUAAUGGUGUACUCAGCAGUGGUGAGAUGAGGAUGGUGUGUUUGUCCCUAGGCUGUAUCCUGAGGUUACCUAUCUGGGGGGAUGCUCCUGAUGACAACUGCUUUGAUGAUGAUCUCUACUGGGAGGUGAGAUACUGUACUAAACCAUUACAGUCCAAAUGCACUCAAAGCAUAAAGACUGUGAAGCCAUUUUUGAGCGAUCUUUCUGAAGGUGAUUUCUUUGCUUUUUUUUGUUGAGAAUUUGAAUAAAAAUAAUUGUACCCCUUUUGUUUUUAUGAAUGUGUCAUUGUUAAAGGGCAGUAUGUUUUUGUCACCUAAAACACUGUGUUACCCUAAUACUGUCCUUCAUGGAAUGGUCAAUACCAAUAUUUAGUUAUUAGCUUGUCCCAAGUCCGAGGAGGUUUGCGUAUUGUUAUGACUAAAUGGUAUUUGGUUUGUAGAGGCUAAGGAAGGAUAUGGCAGUGGAAAAUAUGUUUACCUCUUCUUUUACAUGCUAUUGGAAGUUCUAAUCAAAUCUUUUGAUAAUGAUGAUUUCUGCCCUCAGUUACCUGAGGAUGAAGAGAGCAUUCCACCUAUCCUGGAGUACAACAACCACAUGCAGAACAGGGAUGCGUAA